AUGGCAGAUAAUUUUACGAAGAACUGGAUAAUGGAAAUACCUUAUGGUGAUCUCGAUGGCUUCGACGCUUUCAAUGCUGCACUCGGAACGGACCCAGCGGUAGUUACUAAAUACAAGGAAAUGAAGAUAUCAUACAAGUAUUCUCGAAAUGGGGACACGUGGACAUGUGACGUAGCUUUGAAUGGAAACCAAGUGAAGUCCUUCCCCUUCUCAUUCGACAAGGAUAUGGAGCAAGAAGGGAUGGAUGGAAAAAUCUACAAGUGCAUUUAUAAGAUGGAGGGUGAUGUUUGGGUUGAAACUUCGGUGCCAAAAGAUGGCGGCAAUAAGGGGGUAACAGUACGAAGGUUUAUCAAUGGAAAUAUCAUGACCAGUAAAACAACUGUCAACGGGACGGAUCCACCCAUCUCCUUAACGAUUCCAAGAAAAGGAAUGUAG